AUUUCAACUUGGAAGAAAAAGAAAGAGAGAAAAGGUUUCUGGUCUAAUAUAUACAAACCAACUAAAAGGUGGUAUUGUUGCUGGGCAUUAGAAAAUUCAAAUAACGCGUACCCAAUACCAUUCAUUCAUUUACAAAUCUAUCAUCUCUUAUUCAUAUACUCAUCCACACAAACAACCCUGUCCUUCAAUUUGUAUUUUAUAUUACUGGCUUCUGCUGCACCCAUCUUCAUCCUUGAGACUUGACCUUAGGAAUUUGUUUUAUUCGAGUUUUUAUUGUGUUAUUUAUGUUUGGAGCGUUUUGAGAGAUGAGUAAGCCAUCUGUUGCAAGUGUUUCUCGGGCCGGCCCAAGUACCAGCAGCGUCUUUUCCAAGAUCAAGAUUUGUACUUGUAUUAAUUCUUCAUCAUCAGAUACUGGUAAAGGAAGGUGUAAGUCUUCCAGUAAUAAAGUGUCACAUGGAUACCACUUGGUGGAAGGCCAAUCUGGGCAUGACAUGGAAGACUACCUUGUUGCCGAAUACAGGAAUAGGAAGAAUCACGUGCUCGGUCUAUUUGCCAUCUUCGACGGUCACCUCGGAGAUCGUGUACCUACUUAUCUGAAAGAUAACCUUUUCAACAAUAUACUGGUAGAGCCAAAUUUCUGGAGAGAUCCUAAAACAGCAAUUGAGAAUGCAUACCGCUCCACUGAUAAGUUUAUAUUGGAAAAUUCUAUGCAAUUAGGCACUGGUGGUUCCACUGCAGUAACUGCUAUUGUCAUUGAUGGCAAAGAUUUAUGGGUGGCUAACGUUGGUGAUUCAAGAGCUGUGGUUUGUGAGAGGGGCUCUGCCAAUCAAUUAACAGUUGACCAUGAGCCUCAUGCUGAAAGAAGAAGGAUUGAGAAGAAGGGCGGUUUUGUGACUACUCUUCCUGGUGAUGUGCCCAGGGUUAAUGGUCAACUUGCAGUUGCACGCGCUUUUGGAGAUCAAAGCCUGAAAGCACAUUUAAGUUCAGAUCCUGAUGUAAGACAUGUGCCAAUAGACACAACUAUCGAGUUUCUUAUAUUGGCAAGCGAUGGAUUGUGGAAGGUUAUGAAGAACCAAGAGGCAGUGGAUAUUGUCAAACCUAUAAAGGAUCCUCAAGCUGCAGCUAAACGUCUAACAAUGGAAGCUUUGGCAAGAAAGAGUAAAGAUGAUAUAUCAUGCAUUGUAAUCCGAUUUGGAUAAUUGCAAUGUUAUGGGGAGUAAUAGCUCAAGGGCCAGUGGAUGGAAAUAGGAGCAUUAAUUGGGUAAGAAAAACUUUAUAUGUAUGUAGUAUAGCUUUUUUGGAUUAGAGAAUCUUGGUAGAGCAAGUUGAUAUAGCAGUGUGAUGCUUUUUUUUUUUUUUUUCUCCAACUGAAGAAAUAUCCUCAGAAAUCCAUCAGCCACUUCCUUGCGUAUAUCUGAUUGUUUCUGGGGCAGGGUGCAAUUAAUGAGGCUACUUCUUCAAUUGGCUCUGAUAGAAUAGAAAGAAAGAUUGAUUUUAAUAGUGUGUAUACAAUGUAGACAUAAAUAAAAGAUACGGUAUUGAAACCUCCUUGUAA